CCCUCUCACUUGGCACCACUCCACCACAGUCCACAGUCUACUGACCAAGUAGCUAGCGCUCAGGAUUCAGGGAGCCCACCACCAUGGCUUCCCCUAAGCUUCUCCUCCUGCUCGCCACCCUCCUCCCGAGCUACGGCCUCCUCCUCGCCGACUUGGCCCCGAUGACCCUGACCGUGGUGAACAACUGCGCGUACCCGAUCUGGCCGGGCAUCCAGGGGAGCGCCGGCAGCGAGGUCCUGGAGGGGGGCGGCUUCUUCCUCCCGUCGCUCUCCCACCGCUCCUUCCCGGCGCCCGCCCACGCCUGGUCCGGCCGCAUCUGGGCGCGCACCGGCUGCGCGCCCUCCGCCGGCGGGCAGCUCCGCUGCGCCACGGGCGACUGCGGCGGGCGGCUCCAGUGCGGGGGCCUCGGCGGCGCGGCGCCCGCCACGCUGGCGCAGGUCUCCCUCCACCACGGCGGCGACGACCAGUCGUCCUACGGGGUGAGCGUGGUGGACGGCUUCAACGUGGGCCUCUCCGUGACCCCGCACGAGGGCCGCGGCAACUGCCCCGUCCUCGCCUGCCGCAAGGACCUCACACAGACCUGCCCCGGCGAGCUGCAGGUGCGCGCCGCGGCGCCCGGCGGCGGCGGCGUGGCCGCGUGCAAGAGCGGCUGCCUGGCCUUCGGCACCGACGAGCUGUGCUGCCGCGGCGCGUACAACAGCCCGGCCGCCUGCCGCCCCUCCAGGUACUCGGACUUCUUCAAGAGCGAGUGCCCGCAGGCCUUCACCUACGCCCACGACAGCCCCUCCCUCACCCACCAGUGCUCCGCCCCGCGCGAGCUCAAGGUCAUCUUCUGCCACUAGAGUGAGUCCAGCGGCGCUCCAGCCGGUGGGACGCACGGCCGUCAGCAGCUAUGUCUGGGUCUGGGAUCGAUGUAGUGCAGUGCGUGUCAUCUCGUCUGUCAUGUGUGAGUGAGUGUUCGAUUAGGCUUUGGAGACUGCCAGGCUGAGCGGAGUGCUUGGAGUAGUUCGUGUUCUGUAGGCGUUCACCUCUCGUCUAGUAGUAUGGUGUUAGCUGCUCAGAUUCCAGUCUGAAAUAACAUGUUUAGACGGACAUUGAUCGACCAUGUUUUCGGCCACUUCUUAUGUGAUUUGAGUUCAACUCCUUUAA